AUAACGUUGCUAUAGCAACCUUUGUAGUUGUUUACCCAGUUUUUAAUAUAUCAAACAAUUCAAGGAUUCUAAAUUUGUUCGAAUUGCCUUACACAUACUCUAUAGGAAUAUGUUGUGAUUUAACUAAUGUUAUUUGAUCUGCUAUCCAAAUGAGAGAUAGUGACGUUACAAAGUUUUUAGUUUCGUUCCAUGGUCAAAUAGAAUACAUAUUAUUUCCUGCCGGUGUUUUUGACGAUCAAUUGUAUUUACAAUUCGAUGUAGUGUGGGGUCCAGAUUGGGAACCGAUAUCUGGUUUAUCUUCUGGCACCAGUCAAAUUGCAAGUUCAGGCAAUGAUCCUGAGAAAGUCGUGUUUAACUUACCAAUAGAAAUGGUGUUUGGUAGCACCAAUGUGUAUGGAUGGCCACAGCUCAUAGUGACAGUAAGAGCUAAAAGUUUCAUCAUGGGUGAUUGUCUCCGAGGCUAUGGGCUCUUCCUCUUGCCUCCAAUUACUGGUACUCAUCAACUGGAGACUCCCUUGGUACGGCCAAAGUCUGCAACCAUUUUGGGAGAAUGGGUUUCUUGGUUGACGGGCAAACAACCUGAAUUGGCAGAUCCUAAGAUGCUAGCCAUAGGAAAGGAUAACUAUUUGUUGCGGACAGAGUCAUAUGGAAGUGUUGUAUUGAAAAUGAACAUGUUAUCAAAAGAUUUGAGGAAAUUAGGCUAUGAUAACCAACCAUCAUGCACCAGUGGAAAAUUCUUCUGAAGUAUCAUCAGAACUUUCAUAUUUUAAACUAAUUAUUAAAGUAACUAAGUAUAAGAAUACUGCCUGGCCUGAAAGCCUAUGUACGAUUACUAAUUAAUUUUUUUGUAAUAAGUAUCUAAGGAUUGAUAAUUUUUGUUUUAUUGAUUUAAUUGAAAAAAAUUGUACCUUCAAAUAAUAAUUGAUUUGUAUAUAUUGUGUACAAUGUAUUUUCAGCUGAAAAAGGCCUUUCUUACAUAAAACAAUAAAAAUUAAACCAUGAAGAAAACCAUAUUCAUGCAUUGAUAAUCGAAAAUGUUUUGUUUUAUGAGCUGUUUCAUUGAAGACAUUCUUUAUGAAAAUAUAUUAAGAACCAAAAUUAAAUUGUACCCAAUGAUCAUAAU